AUGGCUUCUUCAAGCUCGGCUCCGCAGCCAGCCCCACCAUCCGUCACCGCAGAGACCGUCCUAAAAUCAGUUGAAGGCCUCGAUGACCCGGCAAAGGUUAACAAGCUUGUGGAGCGACUGGUGAAAGCGGAGAACGAACGGGCAAACUAUGUGCAAAAGGCUCAAAAUUUCGAUAAACUGCAGAAGGCCUUCCAGCAGCUCGAGAAAAAAGUAGAGAAAAGCAACGAGAUUCUUGUGAAGACGGAGGCCAGCAAGAGCAAACUAGAAGAGCUUUGCCGUGAGCUUCAGAAAUGCAACAAGGAGAUUCGCGAGGAGAGUCUGACCCGUACGAAAAUGCUCGAGACUGAACGUCAAGAGGCUGUAAAUCAACUCCGGUUCUCGUUGAAUGAAAUUGAGAAGAAUAUGAGCGAGGGGAGGAGCAGAUCUGACGUCUUGGCCGAUGACAACAAGCGUCUUUCGGAGAAGUUGGGAGAAUUGGGUACCCAAUACGAAGAGCGCCUAACACAGCUCGUUGCAUCGUAUCAAAAGAAGGAGGAAUAUUGGGAGGACUUCAAGAAGGCUCGUGAUUGUGAGAUUACUUUGCUAAAGACCAAGCUUCAACAGGCCCUGUUGAUCCAGGAGCGGACCGCCCUUGAAAAGGAGGAAUACGCCCGUAGCCUCGUCGAGGGAACCCGUCGGGUGGGAGAAGCCCUUGAUAAUGAGACGAAACUCCGUGACCAGGUCAAAGAAUACGCUGAGCGAUACACUGAACUCGCGGACAGCCUGUCCAAGAGCAGCACCGCCUUUGACAAAUUCAAGAAGGAGAUCGAUCGGGUGAACACCCAGCUCAAGAAGGUGGAGAUGGAGUCCCAGAAGUGGAGGCUUAAAUACGACGAGGCCAACAAUAUGAUCUUGGUCACCACGAUGCAGAAGAAGGAUAUCGAAGAGAGGGCGGCCGCCUACGAGAAGAAGGUGGGCACCCUGGAGAACUUGUGCCGUGCUCUGACCUUGCGCAAUGGCGACGCCUCGAAGCCGGCCGAGCCGUCAGCUGCUCCGGAGGAGAAA